AUUUAUAAUAUUUUAGCUCUGUACUGUAAGAGGAACUUAAUUGCAACUCGGCCUACUUGAUUCUGUUAAUGAGCAUUGCCAAUUCUCUUUUUCUUACCCCAUUUUCAUCUGGUUUUUUGAGCUUCAUAGCUACCUCCCCAAAAGGCCAAAACACCACCUUUUAGGUCUUACCCAUUGAAAAAAAAAGAUGUUGGGUUUUGAGCUCUGAGUUGUUUCUGGUUUAGGCAAAAACUGUCAUUAUAGUUAGAUAAAAACCCAUCUAUGUUUUGCUGUUUUUGGGGUUAAAAAGAAUCAUCAUCUUCAGCUAUAUAGCACAUGUUUCUGUUCAUAUAUGUAUGUAUAAAUAUAUAUAGUUUUUAAACGUAGAUAAACCUUCAAAUGGCUACUACUGGGGUUCAAAAUCAAGAGAAGGUCCCAAUGAACUUGAAGCAACAAUUUGCUCUUGCUGUUAGAAACAUUCAAUGGAGCUAUGGGAUUUUCUGGUCCAUUUCAGCUAAACAACCAGGGGUCUUGGAAUGGGGUGAUGGUUAUUACAAUGGAGAUAUAAAGACAAGGAAAACAGUUCAAUCUUUUGAACCUAAAGCUGAUGACCAACUAGGUUUACAAAGAAGUGAGCAAUUAAGAGAACUAUUUGAAUCACUUUCAGCUGGUGAAACUAGUCCUCAUACUAAAAGACCUUCAGUUGCAUUAUCCCCUGAAGAUCUCACUGCUACUGAAUGGUAUUAUUUGGUCUGUAUGUCAUUUGUAUUCAACAUUGACCAAGGAUUGCCUGGAAGAACAUUAUCAAUUGGUCAACCUAUUUGGCUAUGUAAUGCUCAAUAUGCAGAUAGUAAAGUGUUUAGUCGUUCACUGGUUGCUAAGAGCGCGUCUAUUCAGACAGUAGUAUGCUUUCCAUAUGCAGGAGGUGUGAUUGAGCUUGGUGUGACUGAUUUGGUAUUGAAGGACCUCGGUCUUAUUCAUCGUGUUAAAAGUUUGUUGUUGGAUGCUCCGGAGACGAUAACAGGGAACAUCAAUGAUGUAGCUUGUCCAGGUCUUGGUCCGAACGAAAUUGAGUCCGAAUUGAGUCCGUUUUUAGGCUGUGAACAACUAGAAAGAGGUUCUCCAAACGAGAUUUCGGAUGGUUUUGAGCCUAACCAACCAGCAGAAGAUCCGUUCGUGAAUGGUGGGGCUUCUCAGGUGCAAAGUUGGCAAUUCAUGGAUGACCACCAUUCUUUGAAUACAAGUGACUGCAUAUCUCAAACCUUUUCUGAUCAUGAAGAUGUUGUUCCUCUGUGCCAGGGUGAAAAUGAUAAUGACAAUGAUUUCCGAGAUGUCGAAGAGUGUGAUCGUAUAAACCGGGCUGCUUUUGAUCCUAUAAGCGAUGAUAUGCACUACCGAACCGUCGUGUCGGUCCUAUUAAAGAGCUCGCACCAGUUUAUUCUGGGACCGCAUUUUGGAAACUCGAACAAGGAAUCCGGGUUCAUUAGCUGGAAGAUGAAUAGCUCGGUGAAAUAUCGGAAAGCAAAGGUUGAAAUCCCUCAAAAGUUAUUGAAGAAGAUGUUGUUUGAAGUCCCUCGGAUGCAUGAUAAAGGAUUGCUUAAAUCUCCACAAGGCGGUGAUGGUGUUGGAGAUGCGGUUUGGAGACCAGAAGCGGAUGAACUUUGUAAAAGCCACGUCUUAUCAGAGAGGAGGCGUCGGGAAAAAAUAAACGAACGACUUAUGAUCCUCAAAUCAUUGGUCCCUACGAAUAGCAAGGCUGAUAAAGUUUCUAUCUUAGAUGAUACAAUAGAGUACCUACAAGACCUCGAAAGAAGAGUUGAAGAAUUGGAAUGUUGCAGAGAAUUAACCGAGUCUGAGACUAAAACGAAACAGAAACAUCAUCGGGAUCGUGCUGAGCGAACAUCCAGUAACAAAGUCACCAACGGAAACAAAUCGGCUUCCUCAAAUAAAAGGAAAGCGUACGAUAUUGAGGAAACAAAACAGGAUAUCGACCAUGUUGCAUCUAAAGACGGCUCGACCGAAAAUCUAACCGUUAGUACGAACAACAAGGAUUUAACAAUCGAGUUUAAGUGUCGAUGGCGGGAUGGAAUUCUGUUCGAGAUAAUGGAUGCUCUAAGCGUACUUGAUUUGGAUUGCCACUCUGUUCAAUCGUCUACCAUCGAAGGGAUUCUUUCUGUGACCAUAAAAUCAAAGUACAAAGGAUCAAGUGUUGCAAAACCAGGGACAAUCAAGCAAGCAUUAUUACAAAAGGUUCAAUCUUUAACCUUUGUGUAAUAUUUCAGUUCGAUUGAAGGGAAAUUUAGCCUAGUUUAUAUCCCUUGUAAGUUCUGAAAAAACCCUAAGUUAUUCAAUCUUUUGAACUUUUCUGAAAAAAAAAAUCAGUUUCCGUGCAAUGCAAGAAACCCUAUUAUUUUGAUUA